GCUCUGUCAGAGAGGAACAGCGGACAGCUAGUAGGCAGCGGAAAGAGCUGUCACAACGUGAACUGUCCGAUAUACAGGCUGAAGAGCACCCCAGCAGAACAUUAGCGGACAUUCCUCACGGUGCCUACGGACCAUUCUCCUGUUAACCGCAGAGGAUUAGAGCAAGUGGACUGGAGGAACAGAGCGACUCUGAGAUUAACUGUGUGGGGGACCUCUCCGCGCUACAGCAUCUUUCAGGGUAUACACAAGUCCACAGAAGCCCAGAAAAUGGUGUCACUCUCAAUUCUGUGAGUUCAUAGCUAAUCAGCAGCAGUGUUGGGUACAGAGAGGAGUCACAGCAUGGACCUUAGAUUCAGACUGCUGUCACCUCUCACCAGGGGAGCGCUUCAUCUCCUGCUGCUGGCCAGACUGGUGCUGCCUUCUCACUCAGAGAGCAUGCCCAGCUUCAUUAAUUUACCGGACGAUCAGACAGGAAUAUCAGGAGGAGUGGCAUCAUUUGUAUGCCAGGCAGUGGGUGAUCCAAAACCUCGCAUUACCUGGAUGAAGAAGGGGAAGAAAGUCAGCUCUCAGCGCUUUGAGGUCAUUGAGUUCGAUGAUGGCUCGUGUUCUGUGCUGCGUAUCCAGCCUUUGAGGACCCACCGUGAUGAGGCCAUCUAUGAAUGCACAGCUACCAAUAGUGUUGGAGAGAUCAACACCAGUGCCAAGCUUACUGUGGUAGAGGAUGACCAGAUCCCUCAUGGUUUCCCCACCAUAGACAUGGGGCCCCAGCUUAAGGUUGUGGAGAGAACGCGUACUGCUACGAUGCUGUGUGCCGCCAGUGGUAAGCCUGACCCAGAGAUCUACUGGUUCAAAGACUUUCUACCUGUGGACAUCAGCAGCAGCAAUGGACGCAUUAAACAGCUGCGUUCAGGUGGUACACCAAUCAGAGGAGCACUUCAGAUUGAGAACAGUGAGGAGGCAGACCAGGGCAAGUACGAGUGUGUGGCAGUCAACAGCGCUGGGACUCGCUACUCUGCUCCAGCUAACCUUUAUGUGCGAGAUCAACGGGAAGUUCGUCGUGUGCCUCCCCGUUUCUCCAUCCCUCCCACCAAUCAUGAUGUAAUGCCUGGAGGCAGUGUCAACCUAACCUGUGUGGCUGUCGGCGCUCCCAUGCCUUAUGUCAAGUGGACGACUAGUGAGGUGGAGCUUACCCGAGAGGAGGAGAUGCCUAUUGGCCGCAAUGUCCUGGAGCUCACAAACAUCCAACAGUCUGCCAACUACACUUGCGUGGCCAUAUCCUCCCUCGGCAUGAUUCAGACCACGGCCCAGAUAACCGUCAAAGCUCUACCAAAGCCACCUGCUUCCCUCAUUGUGACAGAAUCUACAGCAACCAGUGUCACCCUGACCUGGGACACUGGUAAUCCUGAAUCGGUGUCCUACUAUGUAAUUCAGUACCGCCCCAAACUGUCUGAAAACGGCUUCCAGGAAGUAGAUGGAGUAGCCACCACCCGAUACAGCAUCGGUGGCCUCAGCCCCUUUUCCGAAUAUGAAUUUCGCAUAAUGGCUGUCAACAACGUCGGCCGGGGGCCUCCCAGUGGUAUUGUGGACACUCGUACAAGUGAGCAAGCACCCUCAUCCCCUCCUCUUCACGUACAGGCACGCAUGCUGAGUUCCAGCACCAUGCUGGUUCAGUGGAUUCCUCCAGAGGAGCCCAACGGCCAAAUACGGGGUUACAGGGUCUACUACAGCGCCACAUACAAUACCCCACUAAGUGCCUGGCAGAAACACAACACAGAUAACAGCCACCUCACCACUAUCACAGGCCUGGCCACAGAUAUCACAUACAACCUGAGAGUACUGGGCUUUACCUCAGUGGGAGACGGACCUCCCUCUGAUGUUCUGCAGAUCAAGACCCAGCAAGGAGUUCCAGCUCAGCCAACUGGGUUUGAGGCUGAAGCGGAACUGGAUUCACGUAUCAUGCUGUUAUGGCUUUGGCCAGUUCAGGAGCCCAUCAUUAGCUUUGAGCUGCUCUACUGGGAGGCCAACAACCCUACAGACAAGCAUCGCGUCACUUUCGAGCCUGCAGGUUUCUACGCGGUUGAUGGUCUGAAGCCGGACACAGUCUAUAUGUUUUCCCUGGCAGCACGAUCGGAGAUGGGUUUAGGAGUCUUUACCAAACCAAUUGAGACCAGAACUGCCCAAUCCAUGCCCGGAGCUCCUCCCAGGAAGGUGGAGGUGGACACCCUCAACUCCACUGCUCUCAGGGUGACCUGGAAGCCUCCCUUGUCUCUGAAGCAACAUGGCCAGAUCAAAGGUUACCAGCUGGUCUACUCCAGGCUAGAGAACGGGGAGCCUCAUGGCCAGCCAGUCAUCGUGUACAUUUCACACCCUGACGCACAGGAUACCAUUAUAACAGGUCUGCUGCCAGAGACGACCUACUCAUUGACUGUGGCUGCAUAUACCACUGAGGGUGAUGGAGCUCGCAGCAAAGCCAAGGUGGUCACCACCACAGGAGCAGUUCCUGGUAAGCCAACCAUGAGGAUCAGCACCACUAUAGGGAAUACAGCCUUGAUCCAGUGGCAGCCUCCUAAAGAGAUGGUUGGGGAGCAUUUGGGAUACCAGCUAUUGUACAAGAGAGUAGAGAUAGAAGCUUUCACCAUCAAAGACUUCAGAAAGAUCGAUGACCAUUUCACAGUCACCGGCCUCCACAAGGGUGCCACCUACAUCUUUAAACUGUGUGCCAAAAGCCGAGCAGGUAAUGGGGAGGAAUAUGUGAAGGAGAUCAGCACCCCUGAAGACAUCCCCAGCAGCUACCCCCAAAAUCUGAGUGUGGUGGGACUGACCGCCACCUCCACCCAACUUGCCUGGGACCCCCCUCAUCUGUCCGAGAGGAAUGGGAAAAUUGUGAAGUACAUGGUGUUGUAUCGUGAUAUCAAUAUCCAGCACAAUAACACCAACAAUACCACAGAAACACUGAUGACCGUCCAAGGUUUGCAACCAGACACAACCUACGACAUCAGAGUCCAAGCUUUUACGAGUAAGGGGGGAGGUCCCAUCAGCCCAAGCAUCCAGAGCAGGACCAUGUCAACCUCCAUGCCAGUGUUCACCAAGAACUUUGGCGUGAAGGCUGUGACGAAAACCUCUGUGCUGCUGACCUGGGAAGUGCCAGAAACAUACAAAUCUCAAGUGCCACUCAAGAUAUUGUACAACCAGAAGAGUGUGGAGGUCCAGGGGAACCUUAAGAGGAAGCUGAUCACUCAGCUUCAACCAGAUACUGAUUACUCCUUUGUGUUAAUGAGUCGGGGGAACAGUGCCGGCGGUCUCCAACAGCAGGUGUCCAUACACACAGCUCCCGACCUCCUGAGGAUGAAACCUGCUCUGUAUCAGCUUGAUGUGGAAGAGGGUGGGAGAGUGACCGUCAGCCUGCCCAGGGCCCCUGCUGGAGCCCCUAUCAGGUGGUACUACCUAGUGGUUGUCCCUGUCACCCCAGCUUCUCUGAGCAGAUGGGAGUGCCCAGAAGACAUGGACAUACAUGAGCUCCUGGAGGCUGGUGCUGACAGCAAACUGCAGAGAAAGAGAAGAGAGAGCCAGGACUUCCUGCAAACCUACAUCACUGCCAAGCUGGACGUCCUGCCUGAGAUCUUCACUCUGGGUGAUGAGAAGAAAUACAAUGGCUACUAUAACAAACCCCUCCCAGGCCAGCAGCAGUAUCGCUGCUUUGUCUUGGCUGACCUGACGGACCAUGAGUCUCAGAGGAUGUUUGCAGCAAGCCCGUUCUCCGAGCCCAUCAUGGUGAAGCUCCACAGUGGGAUGAGCCGACACACUGAGGACCCACAGAUGCUUUGGGUGAUGGGCCCAGUCCUGGCUGUCAUUCUCAUCAUCAUCAUAGUCAUUGCUAUUCUACUCUUCAAAAGCAAACAAGAAAGGAAAAGAACAUCUCCAGCAAAGGAUGAGCACAUGGCAGGGGUCAAAGACUCACUGCUUGCCCAUUCCACAGAUCCUGUGGAGAUGAGGAGGCUCAACUACCAAACACAAGGAAUGAGGGAACAUCCUCCCAUCCCUGUCUCUGACCUGGCAGACCACAUAGAGAGACUCAGGGCCAACGACGGACUGCGCUUCUCUCAGGAAUAUGAGUCUGUUGAUCCAGGACAGCAGUUCACCUGGGAGCACUCGAACCUGGAGGUCAACAAGCCAAAGAAUCGUUAUGCAAAUGUGAUCGCUUAUGACCACUCCAGGGUCAUCCUCACACCUGUGGACGGAGUUCCAGGUAGUGACUACGUUAAUGCCAAUUACAUCGAUGGCUACAGGAAGCAGAAUGCUUACAUCGCCACACAAGGUCCGCUGCCAGAGACACUGUCUGAUUUCUGGAGGAUGGUAUGGGAGCAGAGAACCUGCACCAUUGUAAUGAUGACCCAUCUGGAAGAAAAGUCAGGGGUGAAGUGUGACCAGUAUUGGCCCAGUCGAGGCACAGAGACAUUUGGGAUGAUUCGGGUGACCAUGUUGGAGACUGUGGAGCUUGCUACCUACAGUGUACGCACAUUUGCCCUCUAUAAGAAUUGCUCAAGUGAGAAGAGAGACGUCAGACAGUUCCAGUUCAUGGAAUGGCCUGACCAUGGAGUGCCUGAUUAUCCCACUUCAACGUUGGCCUUUCUUCGCAGAGUCAGGGCCUGUAACCCUCCAGACGCUGGACCAAUGGUGGUUCACUGCAGUGCUGGUGUCGGGCGGACAGGCUGCCUCAUUGUGAUUGAAGCCAUGCUGGAUAGGAUGAAAUAUGAGAAGUCCGUGGACAUUUAUGGUCAUGUAACGUGUAUGCGAGCUCAGAGGAACUACAUGGUGCAGACAGAGGAGCAGUACAUAUUCAUCCACGAGGCCCUGCUAGAGGCUGCAAUAUGUGGCAAUACAGAAGUCCCUGCACGCAGCCUCUAUGCCCACAUCCAGAAGCUCACCCACACCCCCCCUGGAGAGACCGUCACCACCAUGGAACUGGAGUUCAAGAAACUAGCCAACUCAAAAGCACAUACCUCAAGAUUAAUCAGUGCCAACCUACCAUGUAACAAGUUCAAGACCCGGCUGGCGAACAUCAUGCCUUUUGAGUCCACCCGCGUCUGCCUACAGCCAAUAAGAGGGGUGGAGGGCUCAGACUACAUCAACGGCAGCUUCAUCGAUGGAUACAAGCAGCAGAAAGCAUACAUGGCCACCCAGGGUCCGUUAGCUGAGACCACAGAGGACUUUUGGAGAAUGUUGUGGGAACACAACUCCACCAUUGUAGUGAUGCUCACCAAGCUUCGUGAGAUGGGAAGGGAAAAGUGCCAUCAGUACUGGCCUGCCGAGCACUCUGCGCGCUACCAGUACUUUGUUGUGGACCCAAUGGCUGAGUACAACAUGCCUCAGUACAUCCUGAGAGAGUUCAAAGUCACAGAUGCCAGGGAUGGACAGUCAAGGACAAUCAGGCAGUUCCAGUUCACUGGCUGGCCAGAGCAAGGAGUGCCAAAAACUGGGGAGGGAUUCAUUGACUUUAUCGGCCAGGUCCAUAAAACUAAGGAGCAGUUUGGACAAGACGGACCAAUCACUGUUCAUUGCAGUGCUGGAGUUGGGCGGACCGGUGUGUUCAUCACCCUGAGCAUCAUACUGGAGAGAAUGAGGUACGAGGGAGUGGUCGACCUCUUCCAGACUGUCAAGAUGCUCCGCACUCAGAGGCCAGCCAUGGUGCAGACAGAGGACCAGUACCAGCUGUGCUACCGGGCUGCUCUGGAGUAUCUGGGAAGCUUUGAUCACUAUGCAACAUAACCCUCACCCAGAAGGAACUGGUGUCUCCUCUGAGCCAUAUUCACUCAGCUCCAUCAGUCCCUUUCGCCUGAUGUGGAGGUUACAGAGGACUGUGUCUGAGUGUCUGAGUGUAUGAGUGUCUGAGUGUGUGAGUGUGUGAGUGUGUGAGUGAGUGUGAGUGUGUGAGUGUGUGCGUGCGUGCGUGCAUGCGUGUGUGUGUGUGUGUGUUUUUUGGCAUGAAACAAGGGAGAAGAAGAGAGGAAGCUGGACAACCUCCCGUGGACGUGUACCAUGAUUCUGCCACAGACCCAACACCAAAACCUCUCAGAAUCCAACCCUGAAUGACCUUUAUCCAUGCCUCAUUUUCCUAUCACUUCCUGAUCCGCCUCUUCCCAAUAGCAAAAAUAUGUUUCUGCUAUUAUCGUUUAUAUUCACAAUUACUGUGUUGUUAUUAAUAUUUAGAAAUUAUUUUGUAAUCACUUACACUGGUUAUUAUAUGUCUUUAUCUUUCAAUUAUUUUUGUUAGCACUAAGAACAUGUAUUUUCAAGAUGCUCAAAGUUAUUAACACUGGAGAGCAUAUACUCACAGCUGCUUUUAUUUUCUACCAUAGAUAUGAUAGUCAAAUGUUAUCAUUGCUGCAUUGGCCCUGUUCAGAGGAAAAUGUGGCUUUGAAUUCCUGUCUUGACGUCAAAUCUAUGAUAAUGGGGAUAAUUUGUCAUAAACUCUUGACAAUUCACAGCUGAACCACUACUGGUAGAAAUAUUCGAAUGACUUUUUCAGCUGUCUGAAAUCUGGAGAAAAUAGAAAUGUGAAGAUGUGGCACAGCCCUUUUGUGAAAACAAAAGGGGUUAGGUUUUGAAUUCCCAAGACCUCAAUUUAUGACAAGAUGUUUUCUUAUGAGAACCAUUCAAUGCUAAAUCUAAAUCACUCUGUUUUAGAUGCUAAACCUUGAUACAUAAGGCUGACCUCAUUCUACAUAUUUUUUCAUUUUUGUCAACAAACAAAACAAAUAAAACACAACCAUCAGUGUCGAUCAACCCAACUUUCUGAUGUCGAAAAUGCUUUCUGUGGCUCUCUGCGCCAAGCUAUUCCUGUGGGGAAAAUACACUUUAAUUCUAUAUAGGGUUCAGUAAUUUGCUGUAAAAGCUUGACAUGGUUGGGAGAACAGUUCAUUUGUUGGAGACUAUUUUCAAAGCAAAGUAAUUCACAUUUGGUGCUGUAGUGAAUAUUUGAGGAUGCAGGGUGGGUCAAUGAUGACUAUGUGUUAAUGGUAAUGAAAAACAUCUCAUCCAAUGCUAUAGUGUAUCUCACUAAUAGUCUUUGGAAACAAUGACUGACAUUUUUCACCAGUUCACUUUAUGUUUGAGUCAGGACUUGUUGACACAUUCAGAAUAUUAUCCAAAUUUUCCUUAAAACAAAUCCCCAAUUUUGUUUGAAAAGAUUGAUGCCCCGAUCUUAGAAUUUCCAUGUUUUUAAAACCACUUCAGUUCUCAAUUACAAAGUUUUCACAGUGACUUUUGGAUAAAUGAACAAUUUCAGCAUCACUAUUGGGUCAUAUGAAAAUUUCACAAUUUAAGUUUGAAGGUCAAACUCAGCAAUAAUCACAAGUAUCUCAACCAAACUGAGAUACUUGUGAUUAUUGCUGAGUUUGAUGUUGCCCCAUCACAUCAUGGGCCAUAUGUCUGCACCAAAAAACACGAAGGAGAGUGACUCUCAUUUCGAAUUUGCCCUCUCAUCUCAUGACUUUGCUUUUCUGUUUGCAUACAUGGCUUUACACAGACAUGACACAAGCAAUUUGGGUGGAUCCCAGUUCAAGUUAUAUUACAGCUUAUCCAUUUUAUCACUGUGGUGCAGAAAGAAAAACAACUAACUUAAUGGUUGGAUCUCUGACUUUACUGGAUGAGAUGACAAUGUCAGAUGGUUUUGGAUGAAGUGAAGUCAUGCAGAGGUCCUAUCUGUUGUGUACAUGCUCUGUUUUCUAUUUGUUAAUAAAAAGCUGAACAAUUUCUUCAAAAUGUUGUUGUUAAUAAAGUUGAA